CAGUAAUGGCGGCGCCCUGUGGCUGGCGGCUGUUGGCCCCGUUCGGCCGGCGGCCGUGGGCCCGCCCGCGGGCUCCGCUCCGAUCUGUCGCCGCCAGCGCCACCGCCCCCCCGCUCUAUGAUGUGGUGGUGUCGGGCGGGGGUAUGGUUGGGAGCGCCAUGGCCGCCGCGCUGGGGCAUGAUAUCCACUUCCAUGGUAAGAAGAUUGCUUUGCUGGAAGCUGGUCCUAGGAAAGAAUAUGAUUGCAUGCCAGACACGUACAGUAACAGGGUCAGUUCCAUCUCCCCAGGAUCAGCAACCCUCCUAAGCAGUUUUGGUGCCUGGGAUCAUGUCUGCAGACUGAGACUCAAACCCUUCCGGCGGAUGCAGGUGUGGGAUGCUUGUUCAGAAGCCAUGAUCGUUUUUGAGAAAGAUGACUUAGAUGACAUGGGUUACAUAGUGGAGAAUGAUGUCAUUAUGUCUGCUCUCACAAAACAGUUAGAUGCAGUAGCAGACCGGGUGGAGGUUUUCUACGAGAGCAGAGCAGUGGGGUAUACCUGGCCCCUUCCCUCUCACAGAUGCGACACAAGCCCUUGGGUCCAAGUUGAGUUAGCUGACGGAUGCAGGCUUCAGACCAAACUGCUGAUUGGUGCAGAUGGUCAUAACUCCAUGGUCCGGAAGGAAGCUGAAAUUCAGAGCAUUGAGCAUCGGUAUGACCAGUCAGCUGUGGUGGCAACUCUUCAUUUGUCUGAGGCCACAGACAAUAACGUAGCGUGGCAGAGGUUCCUUCCCACGGGGCCAAUUGCACUUCUGCCGCUGUCUGACACUGCCAGCUCUCUGGUGUGGUCUACAUCUCAUGAACAUGCAUCAGAACUUCUGGCAAUGGAUGAGGAAAGCUUUGUGGACAGCAUCAACUCCGCCUUUUGGAGCAAUGUGAACCACUCUGACUUCAUCGACGCGGCGGGGGCCACGUUCCGCUCGGCCCUGGCGCUGCUGCGGCCGGCGGGGAGCGGGGCCCGGCAGCUGCCGCCCAGCGUGGCACAGGUGGCCCCCGGCAGCCGCGCCGCCUUCCCGCUGGGGCUGGGCCACGCCACACACUACGUCCGGCCCCGCCUGGCCCUCAUCGGGGAUGCAGCACAUAGAGUCCACCCACUUGCAGGACAAGGUGUAAACCUGGGCUUUGGUGACAUUGCAUGUUUAGCUCAUCACCUCAGUGCAGCAGCCUUCAAUGGGAGCGAUCUAGGCUCCUUAAAACAUCUCUUAAAGUUUGAGACAGAACGUCAGAGGCACAAUGUCUCCUUGAUGGCUGCUAUUGAUAUGCUAAAGAGGCUUUACUCCACGAGGCUGACGCCCUUGGUGUUGCUGAGGACUUGGGGAUUGCAAGCAACAAAUGCUCUGCCUCCUCUGAAAGAGCAAAUCAUGGCUUUGGCCAGCAAGUGAUCUGUUGUUGGUUUGGAACAGCAGCUUCCCUGUGAACGUGUUGCUCUUACAAGGACUGUGACUGACUUGACUCUUUGAAUUGUGUCAUUUUAAUUUAACAAUAAAACUGAGGGACGGAGCUGUGUAUUACA